ACAUUUUCAUUGCCAGUCGGUGGCUGGCCCGAAAUGGUCAAAAGCCAAGCAGCAACUCCACAGUUAACAGUUAACAGUCCGUGCUAACAGAGUCCUGUUGAGUCCUUCGAGUUCGAAAGGAUACGAGACGAAUCGAAUCGAGACCGAACCCCAAUCGAAUCCGAGUGUGUGGGCGUGCGCUUCGUUUAGGGUGUGUUCUCCGUGUGUAAUCGCAUUUGUGUGUCAUUUGGUUCUGUGCUCGGUCGGUAGUCACUUGACCCAGUUGGAGGUCCGGACAACUGUGAGGACCUUUUUAAUGUGCCAAUACAUUUGGGCCAUACACUGGAUAGACACAUCGCACACCCAACGAGCAAGGAGUGGCCACGUCCUUUGGAAACCCGUUGAGUGUCUUGUAUGGCUGCUGCUUCUACUCACUUGAUUUGGUUUGGUUUGGUGUGAUGUCAGUGUUGUGACCGCCGCUUGAGCUUCACGGGCAUCCGCAGACCAACACGGAACUUACAUAAUGUGCUUGAUUCGUAUCUAGAGUGUUGAGCACCGGAAAAGCCCAGCCAAACCGCCUGCAAAAUGUUCUCCUGCUGCCGCUCGAACCCCAAGGCGGGCAAGAAGUUGAAGGAUAAAGGGAACGCGGUGGAGGAGGAGGAGAACGGAGUACAGGCCACCGAAAAGGCGGAAGAAGCCCAGCUGAAUGGCAAGCCAGGCACUCCGAAGGAGGAGCCACAACCUGUGAAACCAGAAAAGGAGCCCUUGGAAGCGGAUAAUCCCGAGGAUGAAGCCAGCACCCAGCCAAACACUGCCCAACCAACUCAGUCUGAAGCGGCUAGCAAAUCACCACCAGCAAGUCCAGCACCAGCACCUGUACCAGUUGCAGACGCAAAAACAGUUCCCGCACCCAAAGAACCGGAGCCACUGGCCCGCUCCACGCACUCUUCCACAUCCACGGCACCACCUGCUUCGAUGACCAGCGGCGAGGCGGAGGAGGCGGAUGAAGUGGUGGUGGCGGCAGUCACUCCAACCACACCGCCUCCACAGCCGCCGCCCACCAAGAGCUGCCUGUCCAGGCACAACUCCACACAUCAGUCGAUCAAGAAGAAGGUGAACAUCAGCAACCGGGCGGAGAUCAUCGAGCCGGAUCCACUGCCACUGCUCCUGCUGGCCAGCCAGAAUCAGGGCUCCCUGCUGGACGACGACGAGGUGUUCUCCGACUCCCUGCCUCCGCCCAAACGGGAGAGCAUGUGUGCGCCCUACAUCGAGGGGGAUGUCGUCUCGGAAACACUGUUCUUUGCCCACGGCUUGCCCUCCUGGUUCGACGACGAGCGCCUGAACGACAUCGGCUGCAUCGAGCCACCGGUCACGCCGGUGGGACGCGACGAGCUGGAGCUGAAGCGCCAGCGUCUCUACACGGAGCUCCUGCGGGCCGCCCAUGCGGCUGUGGAGCAUAGCGUGGCCGUGCGGGAUAACGAGCCGGAAGCCAAGCCCUCGGCCGCCGCAGACCACUUGGAGAGCAUUUGCGAGCGACUGGAGACCCUCGUCGACCGAUUGGAACGGACUCUAACAGCGCCACAGCCGAUAGAACUGCCCACGCCCACACUCCCGCCCCCGCCAGCCGAAGAAGAAGAAGUUGAGGAAGCUCUUCCAGUUUUUGAGAAAGCAGAAACACCACCUCCACCGCUUUCGCCGCCCAGCAGCAACAUGAGUGUCGCCGGAUUCGAGGACAUUGUGGCGGGUCCGCUGAGCCAAUACCUAGCCCUCUCCGCCAAAAUUGGCGGCGAUGUGGCGCAGCAUGCGGAGCUUGUAAAGAGCGCCUUUGGUUCCCAACUGCAGUAUGUGACGCUGGCCACUCAGAUUGCCCAGCCGGCGCAGCCCAAGCAGGCGGAGCUCCUGAAGCCGACCUCGACGCAGAUCAGCGCCAUCCAGGACUUCCGCGAGAAGCACCGCUCCUCGCCCUUCUUCAACCACCUGUCGGCCAUCAGCGAAAGCAUUCCCGCCUUGGGCUGGGUGUGCGUGGAGAAGACCCCGGGUCCUUAUGUCAAGGAGAUGAACGACGCCGGCCAGUUCUACACGAACCGCGUGCUCAAGGAGUGGAAGGAGAAGGAUGUCACGCAUGUGGAGUGGGCCCGCAGCUGGGUACAGACGCUCACCGAACUGCAGGCCUACAUCCGGCAGUACCACACCACGGGCUUGGUGUGGUCCGGCAAGGGAGCGGCCCCCGCCGGAGGUGCCCCGCCACCACCGCCACCCGGUGGUCUGCCCCCACCGCCACCCAUGCUGGAUCUGAGUGCCCUCAAGCUGGACAGCGCCGGAGAUGAUCGCAGCGCCCUAUUCGCCCAGAUCAACCAGGGUGCCGACAUUACCAAGGGCUUGAAGAAGGUCACUGGAGACAUGCAGACCCACAAAAAUCCAUCUCUGCGCACUGGACCGGCUCCGUUCAAAUCGCCAGCCCAAUCGGGCGGCAGCAAGGCCGUUGCUGCUCCAGCGCAAGCCAAGGCGCCCGUUUUCGAGCGUGACGGAAAGAAGUGGAUCAUCGAGUACCAGAAGAACAACACCGGUCUGCUGGUGGAGAACGCCGAGAUGAACAACGUGGUGUACGUGUUCAGGUGCGAGGGAUCCACUCUGACCGUCAAGGGCAAGGUGAACAACAUCGUCUUCGAUUCCUGCAAGAAGUGCUCCCUGCUGUUCGACUCCGUGGUGGCCUCCGUGGAGUUCGUCAACUGCCAGAGCGUGCAGAUGCAGGUGCUCGGCUCGGUGCCGACGGUUUCGAUCGACAAGACCGACGGAUGCCAGAUGUAUCUGUCCAAGGACUCGCUGGGCGUGGAGAUCGUCAACUCCAAGUCCUCCGAGAUGAACAUCCUGUUGCCCGACGACAGCGGCGAUUAUACCGAGUUGGCUUUACCGGAGCAGUAUAAGACCACGAUUGCCGGCAAGACCCUCAAGACUGUGUGCGUGGACAGCCUCGGCUAAUGCGGUUCGCCUCCUCGGGCAUCCAAUUCGUUGCUUUUCCAACUGUCAUCUGCUGAUGAGCAAGCAUUAGCCAGUCAGCAAUCAUAAUUGUAUUUAAUCUAAGUGCAAAGUUUUCGAAAUUCAGAGAUAUUUAGAUCGAACUCUUCGUAUGAUGAUGUUGCCAAACUUUGCUGUCCACUGGCUUGUGGAAAGUAUUUAUAUAAUUUAUUUCGAUGGAAAAGCGAUGGCCACAAAACCGAACCCAAUGUAUUUAUAUCGAGAGUGUGUAAUGAGAAACUGAGCACGAAAUUCGAACUUUUUGAGCGGACUCUACUCGAUCAUCAGAUGUAACUCCUUUUUAUAUUCUAUUUAAUAAAAUUUAAACUUUUUUAUCAGA